CUGUUGCAGAUUUCCUACAAGUCUGGAAGAUAACUUUAAAUCUGUUGUAUUUAAAUUCUCCAGCAAAACGGAAAUUUUAUCGAUGUGUCGGUCUUAAAUAAGUUGUGUAAGCAUAUGCAGAGAAGUAUUUAGCUUUAUACUGCUAUCAGAGAAGAAAGGUUCAACUAAUGGAAAGCAGUGGCGACAUAAAUCUACUAAGAUUAUUACAGUGAGAGUGAAAAUGGAAAACAGCUAAAUCAAAGCAUAUGAAUGGCAAAAAUAUAAAACUUAAGAGACAGACUUAACAAAUAUAGCCUUGUUGAAACCAAAUAUUUACAUGCAAUGUAUAAAAAGACACAUAACCAGGCAUUUUUUUCUCCUACAGACAAACUCUUCCUGUUUAGGUUAGGAAGCAUGGAUGUAAGCAGUACAUCAAACUCUCAGAUCCCCACACUGCAUGCGGACGCUCUGUGUGGCGGCUGCCCGCCCUCUGGUUCUGCUCCGCAGUCCGGUGGCCUCUGGCCAACUCUGCCGCGGUCCGGAGCCGAGUUCCCUGCGUGGCCCGGGCAGCCCACCCAGUCCGUGCCGUGCUGGACCGGCCAACCAAACACCGCGUGCUGGCCCGCUCCCCAACCGGCUCCGGUUUCAGUUCCCGCUCCUAUUUCAGUUUCCGCACCGACUCAAGUUAUAACGCCACCAGCACCGACCGCAACCUUGGUACCAGCGCCAGUUCAGGUUCCUACUUCCGCAGUCCAGCAGCCCUGUCAGCCAUGUUGGCCAGCCACGCAGUACCAGCCGUCCCAGCAGCCGGCUCCGAUUCAAACCCAGGUGCCUGCUCCACCUCCGGCCGCCGCCACCAUACACCCGGGCUUACCCGGCUGGCCUGCUCACCCUGGCUGGCCUUAUAACCCGGGACAGUCAGGAUGGCCCGGACAGAAUCCGUCUAUGAUGGCGCCCCACUGGCUUCCCCCCACAUCUGGACCUAUGAGUGUGCCCUACAACUUAAACCUGGCUCGAGGAGUAUAUGACAAAAUGAUGAUGACAAUCCUGGGUUAUGUCAAACCCAAUGCCAAAAUGUUCACAGUCAACUUCCUGAGAGGCAACGACAUUGCCUUUCACAUCAACCCACGCUUUAACGAGGGGGCCAAGCAGGUGGUCGUCCGGAACCACAAAUUGGGUGAUCGCUGGGGCCCAGAGGAGAGGGACCUUAAGGGACCCUUCCCUUUCGCUCCUGGGAGCCCGUUUGAGAUGAAGAUCCUGUGCACUCCAGAGACGUUCAGGGUGGCGGUAAACAACAUCCCGCUGUUCGAGUUCCGCCACCGCAUCCGAGAGCUGAACCAGAUCGACCGGAUCAACAUCCUGAACGACGUCGUCCUCACCUACGUCAACGUGGAGACGCUUCCUUAGAUUCUUGUGCAACUUUUCACUCCGAAAUAAAGCACGGAUUACCGGCUAAGUUUAAGAAAUGUGCUUAAAACCUAAACAUUUUUAUUGCAGUUUUCUGAAACAACCGACUAAAAAAAAUGGUGAACAACUUAGAUUGUUUUCAGAAGAAGCUUUAACUUAUCUGUUGGGAGGGGG